AUGGGAUGCCACAAUUCCAAAGGGAUUAUCCCGUCUUGUCGCUGCGAGCAAGCCUCGGGAACAAUCUCUAAAAGCAGCAAAAAGAUUGUGCAAGAAAUGUGGCUCGAUCUUAAACCUGAGCGUAAGAACUUUGGGAUAUCAAUUUUUAUAAGGUAAGUGAAGAAGUACUAGAAACUAUUUUGGCCGCUUCAUUUUUAUUUUCAUUUACCCAGCUAUACACUCUAUGAACGCAGCACAUUCUUGCUAUUGUUAUUAACUAGAUUUACUCAAAGGCAAAGCCCUCCUACAGCCCAUAAUCAUAACAACUAAAGUUGUUUAGCUUUGUGUGGUCGCGUUUUGUAAACCUGUUUUGACAGAAAACGUUCGAAAAGCUGUGAUGCUUUUUGCUAUGGUAAUUAACGAUGCAUGCAAAGUGUUUUAGUAAUGAUAGCUUAGCUUUUAAUUACAAAAUUAUUUAGCGCUAUUCCGUCUUAAAAGUAAUCUAUGUUGAUUAUAUAAAAUGUCUCAGUAUAUAUGGUUCCCAUGCAAGCGUGAAUUCAAAGAAGAAAACUAAAUUUCCGGAAAAAACCCUAAUAAACUUCUCGACAACGAAUGCGAAGGUUUAAUGCGAUUGCAUGCAUGAAUUUUGAGUCACGAGAUAAAAAGUCGUUAAUAUUUCGCCUAUUUGAACUAAUUUGUAUACACACUGCUAUACGUUGUGCGAUAUCGCAACAUAAAGUUGCAAUUUUGUAUAUAUGUUUAAUCUUGCUCCCACAGUUUUUCCAUGCAGAUAAACAAAACAAAUCUACUGCCUGUAUAGCUGUUAAGUUUACACAGGAUUUGAAGAUAACAAUAACAGGCAGACCUGUCGCGGAAAAUUGCUACCUAUAAAUAAUAUAUAUAAUAUGUACAGGAGGCUUAGAAUGAUUUACAACGGUAAAUUUGCAUUCGAGACAAUACCAAUGGCCAAUUUCAAAGACCGCGCUCCUGAUUAACAGAUGUAAACGAACAUUGUUUUGGAACAAAACCGUUUUGUUAGCGAAUACAAUCAUAAUGGCUAGUAAUAGUAGUAUAUGCGGACCGAAAUAAAGACCUGAUUGAUAUACUACAAACGAAAAUUUGGACAAAAAAUAGUUCGUUCGUUUGAUAACUCGUCUGUGACUGUGUUUAUGAACGCGCCAAACAGAUCUGCGCAGGACAUCAAUAUAAACUUGCGCAGGACAUCAAUAAACUUGCGCAACCUUGCGUGCAUAGUUGAGCUUUACCGAAAUACGUUACUUGUUUGUUCCCAUACAGUUGUCAUUAUUUAUCAAUGAUAGCGGUGACGUGCAGACGUGUGUUAGGCCCUAGUAUAUAGUGCGCGCCUCCAAAAUGUGACAAAAAAUUCAUGACAGAAGGAGUGAUACCGAAGAUAAAUUGUUUUUCUCGGUAAAUGUUUUGCUCAUCCGAUCAUUAAAAAGUCAAAAAUUUUUACGCAAUUUCAAAUAUCAAAUUAUCAAUUAAAAAAUAAAUACCCAUCUCUGGCCAAAAACGUCACAAAAAGAUACCAUUCCGAUGUCACACAUGUCCUUUACUACUUCUGUGACAUGAGUUUGGUAACUGCUUGUAAAAUUUUCUACGGUCUAAAGUUUCAUGUUGUCUGCACAUGUACUUUCUUUGGACGCCAUGUACGCAUUUGCUUCCUGACAAAUUGGAAAAUGAUCAAGAUAGUGAUUCAUUUACAUAUUGUAUUGACAUAAGACUGUUGACAUUACUUUUUAGUCUUCGAUAUUUAAUUAAGCAAGUCAUGCUUUGAAAAUGACAAUACAUUUUUAUUACCCAACCCUUGAGUUGUUUUGUUUUUCAUUUACCCAACCUUUUACUCACUUAAAUAUUUGUUCAUGAGUCACGACCGGUCACUAAAAUUGCUGCUUUCUUCUUUCCAGACUCUUUGAGGAAGCUCCCGAAGCUCAAGAUCUAUUUUACAAUUUCAAAGAUCUUAAAAAUCAAGACGAACUACUCCAAAGUUUAAAAGAACUCGAUCACGUCGCUCGUGUCAUGAGCGCGUUUGGAAAUUGCAUCGAAUUAUUGGAUGAUAUGACCCAGUUUUCUGACACUGUGCAAAGUCUGGGGAAAGCGCAUAAAAAAAUUGGAAUUAAUGGUGGACACUUGGGCGUAAGUACUUUGACAAUAUCACUUAAAUAUAGGCAUGCCAGUCUCAGAGUAUGUACCUGUAGUUAACCCUGUCAAUGAUACUUGGUUCAUUUCUUUCCAUAGCUUUUUGGUAAAGUAGUAUUGGACUUACUAUCGGACCAUUGUAAAUCAUCGUGGACAAUACAAAAAGAGAAAGCUUGGAAGGACGUGUUUGCUUUAUUAACUGAAAACUUUGAAAUUGGUCUAAUUAGCGAGGACAACAAUAACCAUGUUAGCAGUUAG